AUGCCGACCACCCUCGUCACCGGCGCCACCGGCUUCGUGGGCUCCAGCAUUGUCGACGAACUUCUCCGCCAAAACCACACCCUCCUCCUGGCCGUCCGCUCCCCGUCCUCUGCCAAUGCACUUCUGGAAAAUAACCCCUCAUGGCCAGCCUCGUCCCUCAUAAUCUUCCCGGUCCCUGACUUCACCGCGCCAGGAGCGUUUGACUCCGUCUUCCAAAAACACCGGGAGAUAGAGUACAUCGUCCACGUGGCGGCUCCGUUGCUUGAUGACCCCGCGCACACGGACUUUGUCGAGCAUUUUGAAAAGCCCAGUGUGCUCGGAAACUUGGGACUGCUGAGGAGUGCCAAGGAAUACGGUAGACAUGUCAAGGCUAUCAGCGUGACGGGGAGUUUGAAUGCGAUCACGACAGGAAGUCAUGAGGACGUGAAGAGCAGAGUGUUCGGGAAUAAGGAGUGGUUGCCGCUAGGGAGGGAGGACGCGAUUCAGGCGAAUAACAACUAUGCAAAGGCAAUCUGGAAAUUUGUCAAGGAGGAGCAACCUUCCUUCACGGUCACGAAUUUCAUGCCUCCCUUGAUCUGGGGCCCGAUGCUGCAGCCGGUCAAGGGCAUUGGCAGGAUCAACUUCAGCAACUCGCUGAUUAAGGCGAUCAUGGAGAGUAAGAGUUCGGAAACUGGCAAAGUCCCGAACACGGCGUUUCCGGGACGGAUCGACGUCCGUGACCUCGCCAAACUCCAGAUUCUGGCCCUCACCACGGCAGGAGCGGCAAAUAAACGCUUCGUUGUCGGGCGACCCUUGAUCUUCAACCAAGUUGCCGAUGUGUUCAGAAACGAUGUGCAGCCCGGGCUGGCCGACAGGGUCGGUGAGGAUAACGAUGAGGCGAGCACUUUGACUUUGCCGAGAUUGGACAUCAGCGAGGUCGAGGAGGUGUUUACAUACAAGUGGACGCCAUUGGCGGAGACCGCGAAGGAUGUGGCUGCUUCUUUGCUGGAGAUUGAGAAGAGGCCUUGA